AUGGUUUGUUCAUCGGAAGAUCCUGGCGAGAACGGUUCACAAGGGGAUGGGGGUGGUGAUCGUGUGGAUGGAAUGAAUGCUCCGGACAUAAAUGUUGAACGGGAGCCCAAUAUAUCCGCCACACAAACUGUCCAUUCCAAAUCCGACUUCCUUGUGGCAUACUCCACUCCGGAAGGUUCACUGUCAUGGAGGAAGACGGAUGCUGGAUCCUGGUUUAUGCAGGCCAUUGUUUGGAUUUUCAAAUUUGAAUCACAUGUUAAGGAUCUUGUUGAUAUGCUUGGAAAGGUUAAUAAUGUUGUCAGUAAAGGCAAGGCGAGAGAUGUUGGAAGCCAUUUUGUUACUGUCUCUAAGUACGAAUCAUCUCUCAGGAAAAAACUCUUCUUUUUUCCUGGAAUCUAUGGAGACAAAAGAGUACACCCAAAGUGUAUAUAG